AGCAACAAGCCUUCGCGUAUUUUCCCUCGCCUCCGCGUACGCUAAUAACGAAGUUAAGCAGAAGUUUUUGUAGAAGUGUGCCUGUGUUAGUUCACCUGGUGUUGUUACGUUUUAAAUGUUAGGAACGGUUAUUUAUACCGACUUUAACAACGCAAACAGCGGAAGAGUUUGCCAAAGUUAGCCGCAAAGCUAAAACAACUGGCUGGGAAAGCUAAAAACAACUGUAGCUAGCUGCAUAUGUAUAGUUAGUUAGGUAACCUCUUUUUACUAGAAGCGUCAUCAUGCGUCCUGAUGUUUUCAGUCACAUAUGAAUUAAUCUUAAAAUAUGCAAGACCAUGGUCGUACUAAGAGAGGGGAUGUGUCCUGGACUGGAUGAAGACUUAUUACGCGACCUUUGUGCUGCUGAUAUUAAAACAGUGGAGGACCUGGUUUCAUCAGACAUUGAGGGCCUUGCUCAGAAAUGUUCUGUAUCCUAUAAGGCUCUGUUUGCCAUCCGCCGAGUGCUGCUAGCCCAGCACACAGCAUUUCCUGUGUCAGGUGCUGAUCUGUAUGAGGAGCUAUUGAGCUCAACAGCCAUCCUCUCCACUGGAAACCCCAGCUUAGAUAAACUGCUGGAUUCGGGCUUGUAUACUGGAGAGAUAACAGAGCUGUCGGGAGGCCCGGGAAGUGGCAAAUCUCAGGUGUGCUUCGGUGUUGCAGUGCACAUUUCUUACCAGCUGAAACAGAGUGUGAUCUAUAUCGAUACGACAGGAGGGCUGGCCGCCAGCCGCUUGCUUCAGAUGCUGCAGGCUGAAACCAGCAACACAGAAGAGCAGAUGGAAGCUCUUCAGAGGAUCCACGUCUUCCGUUUAUUUGACGUUUACGCUCUGCUCGACUGUCUGUACAGUCUUCGCAGUGGUGGGCUUCAGCAGGCGUCUGUUGGCGGCGGCUCUGUCAAGGCGGUGAUUGUGGACUCUGUGUCAGCUGUUAUCUCGCCUCUACUGGGAGGCAAACAGAAUGAAGGCAUGUCCUUGAUGAUACAAGUGGCAGGAGCUCUUAAGACGAUGGCAAAGGACUUCAACGUUGCUGCUUUGGUAACAAACCAUGUAACGAGAAGUGGCAGCGGGGAAGUGCAGCCCGGCCUCGGCGUUUCGUGGAGUCACAUCCCGAGAACCAGGAUCCUGCUGGAGCGAGUAGAGAAGGCGGCGGCUGUCAGCCAGCCCAGUCUGCGCUCUGCAAAGCUGAUCAAGUCUUCCAGACAGCCUUGUCACAUCAAAGAGGAAUUUGACUUGCAGUGGUGGAGUCGCUCAGAAAAAGGGUCCUCGGGAAAGAGGAAACUGGGUGAGACGGAUUCCUGAUGAGAGCAGCUGUAAUCCUCUGCAUAAAUGUCACACCAAAGGGAGCUACGACACGCCUCUUGCGGAUACAUUCCCAGAUCCAGCUGGGGGUCACUUUCUGAGCC